AAAACGGUCCAAAGUCAACCACGAACCUCCCACUACCCAGCGGCUUAGCGCCACUGCCACCCUGCAAAGCCCCCAAACACUGACCGACCCAUGACUCCACAGCACCAUGCCCACCCGAUCACUUCGCCACAGGCCCAAUAAGCGACCCUCAAACCCCAAACCCCACACUCCCAUGGCUCCCGGCCGUCCUACUUCCUCCAAGUCCUACAAAACCACCUCUCUCAUUCUCCUCAUGUUUCUCAUCCUCGCCGCUCUCGCUCUCUUCAGCGUCUCCUCCAACACGUGGAGCUCACCCGGGAACGACGCCGCGUUUAACGCAGUUUACUCCAUUCAGGUCGUUAAUCAGUUCCCUCAUGACCCCAAUGCCUUCACUCAGGGGCUUCUUUAUGCCGGAAAUGGGAGCCUGUUUGAGUCCACUGGGCUUUAUGGCAGGUCAACAGUGCGCAAGGUGGAUAUUCAAACAGGCAAGGUUGAGGUUCUUCAGGAGAUGGAUUCUAAAUAUUUUGGGGAGGGAUUAACUCUUCUCGGUGAAAAGCUAUUCCAAGUAACUUGGUUGACGCAAAUUGGUUUCAAAUAUGACCGAAAUGAUUUCAGCAAAUCUGAAAAGUUCACUCAUCAAAUGAAAGAUGGUUGGGGAUUGGCCACUGAUGGAAAAGUGCUAUUUGGGAGUGAUGGCACGUCCAUGUUGUACAAGAUUGACCCUCAAACAUUGAAAGUUAUAGACAAGCACGUAGUCAAAUACAAAGAUCAUGAAGUGCACAACCUCAAUGAGUUGGAGUUUAUAAAAGGCGAAGUUUGGGCAAAUGUUUAUCAGACAGACUGCAUUGCUAGAAUCUCGCAAGACGAUGGUAGAGUGCUUGGAUGGAUUCUCCUUCCAAAUUUAAGGGAGGGCUUAGUAGCUGCUGGGAAUCAUGCUAUAGAUGUGCUAAAUGGCAUUGCAUGGGAUAGCAACACCAACCGUAUCUUUGUGACUGGCAAACUAUGGCCAAAGCUUUAUGAGAUCAAGCUGCGUCCAAUAAAGAAACAGUUCAAGGACGGAGCCAUCAAGCAGCUAUGCCUGCGGCAGACAUUCUUUCGUUGAAGCCAUGUGUUUGCUAUUGAGUGAAGUACUGAACAUCUACACACUGCAUUGCAAGGCUUUGGAGGACAUACAUCCAAAUUCAUUUGAACUUUUUUACACAGAGAAAGGCCAUAGAUCAGUUGGAAAACUGCUUUGUAAGUUUUAUGUUACCAAAAACCGAGAAAUAGAAACCUCUAAAAUGGCUAGUAAAUGAAAAAUUUGGAAGUUGCUAGAAAUUUUUUCUGUUUACAUACGAGUCCAAGUGACAUUUUAAGUAUAGAAAUUUAAGCUCUUU